UUUCUCUCUCUUGAACAGUUUUCAAUUUCCAGCUAGGCAUUAUCUCGAUAACACAUAGUGCGCACACCCCCCUACCCCCUCCGCAUAUCUCUCUGUCCAUAUUUUAUAUUUCCUUAUAUAAAUACUCUUUAUUAUUCCUCUUUUAUUUUUCCUCUUUCUCUCUUCUCCUCUCUAACCCUCUUUUAGCUUCCUCCAUCAACUACAAGUCUACAACAACAGUAAUGAUUUUUUCAUUAACAACUUCAAUUACUUCAUCGUUUUUAUGGAAUCUCAACCCUGAUUCUCAUAACAAUCGGUAGCAUCAACCCACCCCGCUCUAUACUUAUUUAUUUAUUUAUUUGUACUAAUAUUUUUUCAAGGGUUUUGUAUUCUUUUGAAUUGUUAUUAUGUCUCAACAACAAAGGCAAUUUCAUAUGAUGGGAGGAAAUUAUAAUAAUAAUUACGGAGGAGGUUCGCAAUGGAUGAAUAAUGAUACAACUUAUACAAAAAUAUUCGUGGGUGGUUUAGCUUGGGAAACUCAAAGAGAAACCAUGAGAAAAUAUUUCGAGCAAUUUGGAGAGAUCUUGGAAGCAGUCGUCAUCACUGAUAAGUCUACUGGAAGAUCUAAAGGCUACGGCUUUGUGACGUUUAAAGAGCCGGAGGCUGCGUUUAGGGCUUGUCAAAAUCCAUCACCGGUUAUUGAUGGAAGAAGAGCAAAUUGCAAUCUUGCUUCUCUUGGUGCUCAGAAGAAUCGCCCACCAACUCCUCAACAUGUUGCAGGAGGAGGAAGGUUUAGACCAUCAUCAGGUUUAAUGAAUGCACCUGCUUAUCCAGGUUCAUCUUCAUCACCAUACUUUCAUCAGCCUUCUGCCCAACCACCCUACCCUUAUUCAGCUUAUGGAUUCACUGGGUAUGCACAUGAUACAAUGUACCAUCAUAUGAAUUACUAUGGUGUAUAUGGACAACAAUUUACACCUUACUACCCAACAACCGGAGGAGGAGGUUCAGGGGCAAUAGGGUACUUUCCCAACUAUUACCCAUAUUAUGGGCCGUAUACCCAAAGUAGCCAAGGUCAUGGCUUUGGGGUCCAAUAUCAUCAGAUGGUACAACAGUACCCUAUAUUACCCCAGCAUCUCAACUCCACCGGGAUCUUAUCACUUCCCUCUUCAACUAUGGCUUUGCCUACGACUACUACUUCCGCAGGUGUGACCACGACAGUAGGGGUACCGGUUGUAUCUGCAGGCCAUCCUCAAUCCAUAACCACUGGAGCAACUACUGAACAAAGUUCAUCUACCUAGCAGUUGUCCAAUGUUAUAAACACCAACACAUUUCUUAAAAUGUCAAACUGAGGAUAUUAUUACUUGAUCCACGACAAAGCCAUUACCCAUUAGUGAUGAUAUGCGCGGCAACAAGGGCUUCAAAAAUGUAUGAUCGGAGGUUGAUCAUCUAACAUCAUUGUGCGUGAUCACUCUACUGAUCAAUAGCUAGUAUUGUUACACAUCGGCAUUUCGUUAUCAUACAUGUUUCAUUUUUAGGAAUAUAGUUAGUUGUAGGAGUCAUUUAGGAGCAUUAGGAAGGAUGAUUAGGAGGAAAUUAUAUUGGUUAAUUUUUUUUUUUUUUUUUUGAGCAUAUUUUAAUGAGGUUGGAACCACAUAUUGGCAUUGGUUUCUACCUUGGAUACUCCUAUAUAUGCCAUGGAAUGCAUACAGCAUCUCUAGGGCACAAUCUUGUUCAUAUGGUAGGAGCAGAAUUUUUAAUAUUUGGUUCAAAAGGUUGGUUUUAUGACUUUUGAGCCAAGAAUUUGUUGGUUUUAAUUAUUUUAUUGAUAGGUGGAAUUGGGAGGGGGAGAUAGGGCUCAAACUCCUUGCCAAAUAGUCAGGGUAACCAAUGAAGGGCCAUUUAGGUCCUUGAUUGAUCCAAUUGUAUUGUUAAUUCCAGAAGAAGAAAAAAAAAAGGACUAGCUUGGAUGGUUUGUCCUACUUUAAAUUCUUGUAGCAAUUCUUUUGUUCGUUCAAAUCUAAUUUGUAUUAUUCAUAAUUAAUACACACUUUGUCGUAUUA